AUGGUGUCCUCUCUCCUCACCACCCCGUCCCAGACUCUGACCCCCACACCGGCCGCGGCGCGCGCCCACAGGCCCUCUUCGCCGGGGGCGGCCCAGGUGUCCUUCUCCUCUCCUCGCCUCCCUGCCCGUCGCGCAUUGCACGUGCGCGCGUCGGUUCCGGUCGAGAAGGAGGUGAUCUGCGCCGCGCUCGAGGAGGCCGACGGCAGCGGGAAGCAGUUCCUGGAGGACGUCUGGUCGCGCCCCGGGGGCGGCGGGGGCAUCAGCCGGGUGCUCCUGGACGGGAACGUGUUCGAGAAGGCCGGGGUGAACGUCUCUGUCGUGUUCGGGGUCAUGCCGCCAGAUGCCUACCGCGCGACCAAGGGGCCCGCAAAGAAUGGGGCGGCCGAUGGGCACAAGAGUGGGCCGGUGCCCUUCUUUGCCGCUGGCAUUAGCUCGUGUAGCUAUACCGAUGCUUUGGUUUUCAUCCGUGCAGCAGAGGACAAGGGCGUCAUGGCCAACCAAUGCGCAUGGUGCUCGCAAGCGACGAACGGAGGAUGUUUGACAUCGGCACGAAGGAGGACAGGUUAG